AUGACAAGGUACCACGGUCGCGCUCCACCCAUGAACGCGUCCGAGCGGGAGAUCAUCUACGCCUACGGCGGCUGGACGGGCUUUUGCCAUUCCAUGUCCCUCAAGCCCUUUGUCCUGGAGGACAGCAUCGAGGCGUACCGUAUCGUACAGGCCAUGGCCGAGGAGCAGAGGAGGCUUUGCGCUCCUCCCCUCCACAACCAGACCGAAAAGGACAUUGUCAAGUCGUACGGCGGCUGGACGGCCUUUUGCCACUCGAUGGGACUCAAGCCCUUCAACCCUGAAGACAACGCCGAGGCGUACUACAUCCUCCGUUCGCUUGCGGCCGACGAGGAGGCGGAACAGGCCAAGAACACGAACAAGAGCAAGCACAAGAACAACGCGUAG